ACUUCGCCUUCCUGCUUGGGCCCUGGCCGCCCCGCGCAUCGUCACCGGCGGCUCCAAGGAGUGCUCGCCGCUGGUGCAGUACGCCAACGCCAAGCUCGCCGCAGUGGUGGCCUCCCACGAGCUGAACCGGCGCCUGCCCGACCUGCUCGACCGAGGCGUUUCUCACGUCGUCAAUCCUGGCUCGAUGGACAACGCGUUCGGCCGCAGCGCGUCCGUGCCGGAGGCCAGGAAGUCGAGGGCCUCGUUCCUGGGGAACCUCCCGAUGGCGUGGAUAGCCAGCGCCGCGUACAAGGUGUACAAGUAUACGCUGGGGUCGGUUAUCUCCAGCCUCAGCCUGCAGCUGCACCGAUCCACGAAGGCGGGGGCGAAGGCGGUUUUCCACGUCGCGACAGCCGACGGAUUGGGCAGCGAGGAGCACGGAGGGGGCCUCUUCUCCGACUCGGCUGGGGCGUUCGUGGAUUGCGGCAGGCCCGCCGAGCAGUGCGGCCGCGUGCCCGCCGCGAAGCAGCCGGCCGCCGCCUCCGACGAGGACCUGGCGACCGAUCUCUGGUCUCGCACCGAGAGCGCGCUCGGCCGCAACAACCUGCGGCCGCUGCGCCGCGCCAGCGGCGCGACCGCCGCGCGGGCGCGCUAGAGGCGCACGGCGCGCGCGGCUCCUUGGCCCCGCAGGGGCUUGCAACCCCUCCCCGUGCCCGGGCCCCCCCGCCGCUCUUGGCGGGCGCGCCCCCGUCGGGAGAGAGA